ACCAAUACACAUCCUCCUUUGUCCAUUCCUUCGUCAAUGAACUGAAAAGCAGUUUCAAAGUGCUGAGCAAUAUCUGUUUGAGGGAUGUCCAGCAGAUCAAUAUUCAUCGUUGGACGCAAUGUACUAUGACGGAUACGAUGAAGAGGCCGUGGAUGAAAUUCUUCCAAAUCUCUAUAUAAGUGGUUUUGUUCCCGCAAAUGACUUAGAUCGGUUACAAAACAUUGGAAUAACACACAUUGUGAAUUUGUCAUCUUACGAAAAUAAUUUCCAUGGAAGUUUUCAAUACCUUAGGAUCCCAGUGGAAGACAUUCCAACCGAAGAUUUGUCGCCAUAUUUUGACGAAUCUCUUAAGUUUAUAGAGGAUGCUCUUGCAGGAAAUGGUCGUGUAUUAGUGAACUGUAACGCAGGCCAAUCCAGAGCGGGGACUAUUGUCAUUCUAUUCAUCAUGAAAACGAAGGAUAUGACUUUCGAAGACGCUAAAAAGUUUGCGCAGAGAAAGAGGAAAUCGAACGAAGUUUGUCCAAAUUCAGGGUUUCAGAAACAGCUCAUAGCUUAUUUCAAGAAGUAAAUCAUAAAACCAUG